AUCUGUUCGUCAAAAAUUAGAAUAAAAGUAGAUGAUGUCUACUCAAAUUCCAAUUUUGCAGGGCCACAUAAUUGAAGGUUAUUCACCAUUUGUCGCAAUUCCCUAUUAUCUUUUUAUCUUCUUUGCUGUCACGUAACUCUGCCUCCAGAGUUGAAGUACCAUUUUUCUAUCCCUAUACCCCAAAGGUGUCUACUUGUUGAAUCAAUAUGUCAAUAUCAAUUAUCAGCCGUCUUUCUCUCUCCUCUUCGACCCAUUUUUUUUUCUUUCUGUUUCUUCUUUGCUUGCUCCACUACCUCACGUUACAGAUUCUCUCUAUCCUUUUCGUCGCUUAUCUUGAUUUUUUAUGGGCUCCUAGAAAAAGAAAUGUCUUACUAAUUAAAAUUAAAUGCUAGAUUCCAUUUUUUAAAGAUACUCCCACAAAUCCACAAUUGCUACUUCUCGGAGAAAAAAAAUUCGGUCUUUUCUAUCUAUCACUAGAGAAGAAUCAUUUCGAAUCAUGGAAAUUUUGAAUCGGUUAUGGAGUUUAGAGGAGCCCCAGAGGGCACUGUGAUAUGAAGUGAUAGUUUUUUUUUUACAAAUUUCAUAGUUUUCAUAGUGCUGGACAUUACUUAUGUCGUUUAUGAGUUGAGGAACUUUUAAGUUUUUUGUUUGGGAAACAGGAUCUAGGAGCAACUUUUGUCAUUAGUUAUGCUAAUUUUGAACCAGGAAUAAGGAAGCAUGAAUUAUAUAUAGUGGAUUUUAUUCAUUGAUAUCAUUAUUGAAUUCCUGGUUACCCAUCAGAACCUGAUGCUGUGCAACCGUGGAUUUGCUUGUUGUUCAACUUCCUCUAAAAGUGUAAAUGCUGUUUAUGCAACAACCUUUGCUGUAAUUGGUCUGUGUAUGUGUUCAUUAUGCAUAAGAAGCUGUAAUUAAAGAUAAAGAAUAAAAAAUAAUUGGAAUCUGUUUCUGAAGAUGCAUUGCAUGUAAUUAAAAUUGUGUUUCCUGAUAACUGGGCUGUAAUACUACAAUUUAACAGGCAUUUAAGCCCAAUCGUGAUUUAUUUUCCACAAAAUCAUGACCAAUGAAGUAGAGGUGGACGAUGAAGAAUCACUCAACAGGCCACUUGGACGAUGGCCGGUGUUCGUUUAUGGUGUGGGUCACAUGCUUAAUGACAUUACAUCUGCUUGUUGGUUCACAUACUUGUUGGUCUUCCUGACAGAUAUAGGACUCUCCCCAGGGGAUGCUGCGGUUGUGAUGCUUAGUGGACAAGUAGCUGAUGGUUUCAUGACUGCAUUUUCUGGCGAGCUGAUAGAUCGGUUUGGACACUUCAAAUUAUGGCAUGGUGCUGGAUCUUUGCUAGUUGCUGUUUCAUUUUCUUCAGUUUUUGGUGGUUGUAUACCAUGCAAAAUAUUUGGUACCGAUUCAACUACUCUAGAGACAAUUGGAUACAGCCUUUUUGCAGCCAUUUUCAAUAUUGGUUGGGCUGCUACUCAAGUGUCACACAUGUCUAUGGUCAACUGUAUGACAUUGAAUUCGACGAGCAGAGUCGUGCUAGCCAGCUGUCGGAAUGCAUUUACUAUGGUUGCAAAUCUAAGCUUGUACGCAGUGGCCUUUGUUUUCUUUGGCCUUGAUAAAUCAAGGGCCCAUAUUGAUAUAGAAAAUCAGUAUCGCUGGAUCGCUUAUGUGUCCAUUUUUAUUGGAUGCUGCUUUGUCUCUAUCUUCCACGUGGGAACUAAAGAACCCAGAUUGAAAGAUCACUUUCCCGGAAAAGUUUGUGCUAGGAUUGAAUGGACCUACUGGUUCCAUAAAGUUCUCUACUACCAGGUGGCUGUUGUAUAUGUACUGACGAGACUGAUUACUAAUGUCUCUCAGUCAUUUCUUGCCUUUUAUGUCAUCAAUGACCUAGAAAUGGCGCAAUCUUCAAAAGCUCUGGUGCCAGCAAUCAUAUACAUUUGCAGCUUCAUCGUAUCCAUUAUUCUACAGGAGAUGUCAUGGCCAAGUCACCGCCUGAAGACAUUCUAUUCUAUUGGAUGUGUUCUUUGGAUAGUUUGUGGUGCAGCAGUUCUGUUUUUACCUCAAAACUUGAGUGUUUAUAUGUAUUUCAUUUCUGUUGUCAUCGGCAUCGCAAAUGCCCUGAUAAUGGUCACUGGCAUAGGCAUGCAAAGUGUGCUUGUUGGACAUGAUCUGAAUGGAUGUGCUUUUGUGUAUGGAUCGCUGAGCUUCAUGGAUAAAAUAUCCUGUGGAAUUGUGUUGUACUUAUUGGAAUCAUUUCAGAGUAACGUCUCAUCAAAUCCCACAGGGCUUCAUUCAUCCGUACAAUCUUUCUCAGUUACAAGAUAUGCUUUGGGUCUGGUUCCAGCAGUCUGUGCUCUCAUCGGAGUGGUAGUAACAUACAGUACGAAUCUUGAAACUCCUUCGAAGCCUUUAGCUUUAGUAGAACCCCUUGUGGUUUGAUAUCGUUCAAGGCAUUGACAUUGGAUCUAAAGAGUCGAAGUUUUGCAUUGAAUUUUUAUCUAACACUAGUUAUCAAGCUCCCUCACUUGUAAAUUCUAUGCCAAAUCAUUUUAUUGAACCUAAUCAUGUAAUUUUUUUACUGUACUAUAAUUCAUUAUGUUACAAGUUUUUCUCUUUUUAGCCUUAUUUUGUAAGCCAAUGAUUAUUUGUACCUUCGGCAUGGUUCAGGUCCGUUGCGCCAGCGAUUACUCUUACGUAGCAACAGUUUUACUAAGGCUCUAGUUGUGCUAAGUUUUGGACAUGAUCUAAUUGUGAUUGCAUUAAUUAAGAUAGGUUUUGUGCAAGUGAAGCAUUAGUAGAAUUGAGAUAUGUUGGUUUUGUAGAUUAUUUCGCUGUGAAUAUAUGAUUUCACCGUAUGUAUAAACCUUUCGUGGUCUCAAAAUUAUAUAAAUGAUUAUAUUUAUCUAUGAUAUUUACAUUUAUCGUCUCUUUUAUGUAGAUGAUGUUUUCAUUUUUGGCAAGACAGACUUGUGUAUUGAUGAAACUAUGAAUUAAACCCCAAGUAUGGUAGGAUUUGUGUUGGAUUUAGCUAGAUUUAGAGUUAAAUUCAGUUUUUUUUUUUAAUUGAAUUCAGGCUCGGAG